AGCCCUUGCAUUCGUUCCCAUCUACUUCGGCGAGGGGCAAGGGAGGACAGCGUUCGUUUGAGUCAAGAGAAUGCGCUCCGACAUCUUCCGAAGGGUCGGCGGAGAAUGUGAAACGUUGCUGCUGACCGUCGGACACAUCGCACACAGCGUUCACUAUGACAACGCUCACCAAACUUUGUCAUUUUCUGUUCGCGUUUCUCCAAGGAUGCUCUUUUUGUCUGUAGCACUGGCGGUCUCCCUCUGUUCAGAUCAUUUAUUCCCUGAGAGAAAACCUCGAUGUUCGCCCACCUUAGCUGGGAUUUUGGCAGUGCUGAAUGUGGCAAGCCCCCUGAUCGUCGCCCCCCACCCCUUGAGUUGUUCGCUUUGUUGUCCUGCGUCGUCCUUCGCUUUUUCUGCUUUCUCUCCCGUCUUUGUUCUCCUUCGUCAGCGCUUUGUGCCUAUACGGGCAUUUUGCACGUGGUUUUCCGUACCUUUCGAUUUCUUCGUCACGCUGUAUGGUUUAGUAUCGUGGCUGAGUGCCAGUUGUCCCGGGUUGAGUGUAACAUGUGCGCGACGCACGCCGGUUCCAUUUGCACUCGACGGAUCUGUUUCUUCUCUCUCGGCUUUAUCCCGGCGGAGCAGGAAAGAGCGACUGGGAAACCGAGUUCCUACCGUUAGUGUGUUCCCUGCUCGUCCUCAAAGCCUCUAAAAACUGUUACUGGAGUCGUGAUGCACGGUUUUCUUGGGACAUCUUUAACUGUUUGUAGUCCCUUUUCUGUCUUCCGCGAACCUGAGUUCCGCUUGAUGAGAAGGCGUGGCAUUCCCUUUCGCGACCAUGGCGUCGCUACCAGUGUUCCUUGUUGAGCUUGACCGGUGGAAGCACCACGUCUGGCUUCGUCGCCUUCGCUGUUUACUUGUUUCCCCUUUCGUUUCUCUUUCAGUGCUCCCAGUUCUGUUGCCUUUCCUUUUCAAUUUCGUCACGUCCCCGGACAUAGUCCCCAGCUCUGCCUUGACGCUCAAAUCCACUUCUGCGUUUCUCUCUUCUCCGGCCUCGCGCUUCUCGCCUCCGCUGUCUCCUCUGUCUUGUGUCUCUUCUCGUCCUUCGUUAUCUCCUUCUUCCUCGGCCUCCUCUGCCCCGUCUUCUCCUUCGUCUGCGUCUCUCGGCGUUCGGCCUCACUUCAUCUCUGUCCCCGCUGCCUCGGGCACUGAGCUGGCAGCCUCGCUUUCCUCCACCACCUCUUCUUUUAUAGGUUCUUCAUCCUCCACGCGGCCGGCACUUAAUCGCGACUCUGCGUGCAGGCAGACUGUCUCCUUUCCAGCCCGCCUCUCGCCUACUCUCUUUCCACUGUCUCCAGACACAGAGGAGGGAAGAGGUAGCUUCAGCGACCUCCAGCAGCUGCGAGACAGCCGCGAGGAGAGAUUCGCCGCCCUCAAGAGCAUGCGUGAACAAGAGACACCUCGCUUCCAGGCCGAAGAUUGGACACCUGACCAGCCGCUCCUCGAGAUCAAAGACCUUCGAGUCGAGGCCGAAGAAGAUGGUCAAGAAAUCCUCAAAGGCGUGAACCUUACGAUCAUGCCGGGAGAGGUCCAUGCCAUCAUGGGACGGAACGGAUCGGGAAAAUCUACCCUUUCCAAGGUGCUCGCGGGGUACCCGAGCUACAAGGUCACCGCAGGCGAAGUUCGCUAUAAAGGCCUCGACUUGCUGGAGCUGCCGAUCGACAACCGGGGGCUUGCAGGUCUCUUCUUGGCUUUUCAAUACCCUAUCGAAAUUCCUCUCGUCAGUAAUCUCGAGUUCCUGCGAGUCGCCUUCAACGAAAGAAGAAAGUGGAAGAAGGAGCCCGAAGUCGUCAGCUACGAGUUUCGAGAGCUCGUCGAGGGCAGGCUGAAGGAGGUCGGCUUGGACCCGUCCUUUCUUGAUCGGCCUUUGAACUACGGCUUCAGCGGAGGGGAAAAGAAACGAAACGAAAUCCUCCAGAUGCUUGUUCUCGACCCCGAGCUGGUUAUGUUGGAUGAGACGGACUCCGGGCUCGACGUUGACUCAUUUAACAUCACCGCGAACGCCAUCAAACGCUUUUCGAAACGCAAAGGGAAGUCAUUCUUGGUGACAACACAUUACAAGAAGUUGCUGGACGUCCUUCAGCCUCACAAGAUCCACGUGAUGCAUGCGGGGAAAAUCGUCCUUUCAGGCUCCAUGGACCUCGCGGGGCAGAUUGAAGCAGAAGGCUUCCAGGCUCUCGUGGGAGCCGCUGCCGAAGGCGAAGAGGAGGAAGAACGAGAUAGGAGAGAAGACGAAGGCGAGAGAGAAGAACACGAGGGCGAGGACGAAGCCGAAUCCUUGCUGUCUCCCUCCGCCGCCGGAGGCGGCAGACGCAAUCUAGACCGCCUGCUCUAAUCUUUGUAGAAAUAGAACCAACUGAACGCCAGGUGUUCAUCUAACAAACAAUAAUAAUAAGGGAAUGCCAAUGUUCACAUCGUACCUCAAGUAUGCGGUGUAACAGUAAUUUCAUGCCAAACCGGUGGUUUCUUAGUAUUAGUGGUCUCCCUUCUUAGUCUAGGAUUGCUACCGAAGAAUCGAACUUAAGCGGAAAAAGCAAAAACGAUCGAGAAGUAAUAGGGGAAAGGAGAAAGCUAGAUAGCAGCGCGAACGGGGUAUCGGCUUUUUUGCGAUCUCCCUGUCUUCGUCAGCCCCAUACUUCAUUGGGGAAUCUCUGCGUUGGCUUUCACUUCGCUCUUUUCUCUCCUCCUAAGCGGUAUAUCUAUACCCGGUCUAGCUCUGAUCUGUAUGUUCUUAAUGCCGGCUUUGUACGGAGGAUAUGGUAACUUCUUUGUACCAAUCUAUAUUGGUGGUUCGGUUGUCCCCCCCCUCCCCAUCUUUAUCCCCGCCGUUCUUGCUUCGCGCUCGCCGUGGUCCUUCCCGCGCCCAGGUGUCUGUCUACUGGCUGCCCGCACUUUUUUCUGGCACUGAAAGGACUAUUCGCUUUUCUUUUGACUCCGCCCGAGCCUCUCUGUGUGGUGCGCGAGCGCGAAACACUGUGCCGCGGCGCCUUUACAUUUCUGCGUGAAAGUGAGGACGAACACGGGUGAGACGAGUCAGAGAACUGUAGAGCUGUACAAAACCACUCGUGAUAAGUCUUGGGCCCUCAGUGUGUCAAAACAUCCAUCUGUCUGGUUAUGGGUUUUCCUAUCUGCGGCUAGAUUGCAAUUCCAUCCGAAACCAGCAGUGUGCCAGUAUUUAUGCCAUCCCUUAUUAAUCUAGAACGGUCAUCUGAGGUUCGAGCUGGGCUGCAGCUACCUUGUUGCUGUUGUGUGUAGAGUCGAACACAUUCGAUAUACACCUUGUUCUCUG